UCUGACGUUUUGUAUUAAUCUGAAUCUGUCAGACAACAAAAGUGUCAAAAAAGUUAUGGAAUGGAUUCGGAACUCAUUAAAACUUUAUUUUUUAAGUAAUCUUUCCGUGAAAUGGUGAAUCGUGAUUAUUAUUAGGUUUAUCAUUACUUGGACGUUGUUAAAGUACAUUUUUAGUAAGUAAAACAAUAGGAAACAUGUCUUUAAAUGAGAAAGAGUGGUUUAUCGAAGCACCGUGGGGAAGAUUAUCAAUAGUAGCAUGGGGCGACUGCUUCGACCCGCCGGUGCUGCUGGUGCACGGCCGCGUGGACUCCGCCGCCACCUUCCGGCCACUGCUGAAGCUGCUGCCCAGGAAGUUCUAUUAUAUUGGCCUAGAGCUCCCCGGCAACGGUCGCUCGGACCCGUUCCCGCCCGGCCUCAUGCUGAACGCCUACGACUUGGUCUACUCGCUGCGGGUAGUUGUCAAGCACUUCCGGUGGGAGAAGUUUGUGUAUGUGGGGCACUCGCUGGGGACUCUGCUUGGUAAGAUCUACAACCUGUCGUACCCGGACGAGAUGACGCAAGUGGUGGAGCUGGACCCGACUCCCAUGCUGUUCAGCGUGGCGCCCGACCAGUUCGCCAGCUGGUACCACGAAUACUUUACCAAGUUUUACAACAAAUACGACAAGUUCAACGCGCCAAAGGAAACGGCACCACUCUACACUAAAGAGAAGGCCAUAGACAUGUUGAAAACCACUCGGGGUCUGACGGACGAGGCGGCGCACGUGGUGCUGGAGAGGAUCUCGGAGCCCGCGGGGGGUGGGAUGAUCAGAUACACAUUCGACCAGCGCAUCAAGAUGAGCACAACACCGCCACUGUCAGCCGAACAGAAAGAGAAACUCUUCACCGCGCUCCCGACGCCUACCCUCACUAUAGUAGCGGAGACCUCGCUUCAAUAUGGUUAUUAUGACAAGACUCCGUUUGCGCUGGAUGAAGCCGCAUAUCCCGCUAAAAAUUACAGGGUACGCAAGGUGGCGGGCAACCACGACGUGCACGUGUCGUACCCGGAGCGGCUCGCCACGUACGUGCACCAGUUCCUGCUGUACGGGCUGGACGGACUCGAUAACAAGGCUAAAUUAUGAUGCGCCACGCGUUUCAAAGGACAAAACUUCUGCAGGAGAAAUUUCUGCAGUAUGAAAUGAAAUGUAUGUCACGUUCAAGAGCACAUACAGAUACAUAAGCGUAACGUAAACGGAUCGUCGUUCACGAGCUUGAGUUCUACUGGUUGAUAGAAGAAAAAGAGGCGAUCCGUUUACGUUACGCUUAUAUGUGCUGUGACCUUAAAUAUGACGUAAAUUUCAUUUUCUACUGCAGAAGGUUUGUGAUUGAAGAUUGUUUGUAGAUUCAUACUAGAGGUAAGCGUCAACCUAUCGGUAUCGUAUGCAUCGCACCAACCGCAUUGUCAUAAAUUUAUGGAGAAACGGCGUCGGUUAUGCUGAUGACGUGGACGCACUUUGUGUGAAUACUUAAUGCGAUGUCUAUAUGUAGAAGGACGCUUACUAUAGAUAAUUGUUUAUAUUUGCAUUUAAGUAUCUCACUAAGUUAUGUUAUAAUAACUCUAAGUUCCAAAGUUUUGAACAAGGAACCCAUAGGCUGAUGGUUUGUUUAGGUAGGUAGUACACUAGGUAUUAUGAAUUAUGAAGAUAAAUGUGACUUUUGGUGCUGGUGAAUUAAGUAGGUAGUUAGUUAGGUUAUUGUGCAGGUACUUAAUUUUUUAAUAAAUUUUUAUUACUGUUACCAAAAAA